UUGCCACAACACCCGAGAGAUUACCAAAAAAGGGGCUGCUUCACACAGCAAGCACCUCCCCUGCGUCCACCCCUAUAAAUUUGGUUCGUGCCUGCACCCGGGCGCGACUUCCCUGGCCCCUUUCUCUCGGACCAGUGAACCUCGCCUGGGAGCGUUCCCAAAUAAAGCUUGCUUAAGCUCUCCUCCGUUUCUUGGUGCCGUUCCUUACAUUUGGUGCCGAAACCCGGGAGGGGUACCCAGCCCCACAAAUUACCGCGGGGCCACCCCUCACACCCCCUAGGGGACGACCGGGGACCUCUGCUCACCCACCCGAUCCGGCAGAAGCGGGCGCCUCCACGCGGAGGGCAAACCGACCCAACGGCCCUACCUCUCGAACUCCUGGGAUUGGCUGACGAUUGACAACACCCGGACUCGAAGACCCCCAACACCCUCGCCGAGCCCAGAGUAACGCUACAGGUAGCGGAUGGCAGCUCAAUACUCGGCCCUGACGGACGCCGCCGGGCAGCCUACGCGGUAGUAACCAUCUCAACCAUUAUCGAGGCCAACCGCCUCCCAGAAGGGACAACCUCUCAAAGGGCUGAACUGAUCGCACUCACGCGGGACCUUGACUUCUCUAAGGGCCAAAGGGUCAAUAUCUAUACAGAUUCUAAAUAUGCCUUCCUGAUUGCACACAGCCAUUCAGCUCUUUGGAGGGAGUGUGAAGUUUUGACCACCAAGGGCUCCCCGGUGGUCAACGCCUCCCUCAUCGCAAAACUCCUGGAUGCCCUCCAACUGCCUGAGGAGGUGGCAAUCAUCCACUGCAGGGGCCACCAGUCUCCCUCUAACCCAAUAGCACAAGGUAACUCAAAGGCCGACUCCGUGGCCCGCAAGCUCACCAAAGGGGCCCCUCCAGCUCUGAUCUUGUUCCUCACCUCAAUCCAACACGCAUAUGACCCCCACGAAGAGACAGCACUACUAUCCAAAGGGGUCCACAAGGACAACAAAGGAUGGAUUUUUAUGGACAACAAAGUUGCCCUCCCUUCAGCUCAAGCGGCCAGCCUCCUAUAAGACAUCCACAAGUCCCUACACAUUGGCCCAAAGGCAAUGUUCCGUUUCCUAGAUCCCUUCUUUUAUAUGCCUGGACUCAGAGAUGCCUUCUCAAAAACUCAGGCGGCUUGCCAGACUUGUGCGUCCAUCUCUCCACAAGGAGGCCUACGGCCCCGAAUUCCUACUCACUAGAUGCGCGGACACCAACCUGGCAAGGACUGGCAGAUUGACUUCACCCACAUGCCCUGCUGUAAACGCUUCCAAUAUUUCACCUUUUCAGGUUGGAUCGAGGCCUUCCCAACGGCCCGAGAAGCAGCAGAUACGGUCGCCACCAUUCUUCUCCAACAUAUCGUCCCCCAGUUUGGCCUGCCUAUCUCCAUCCAGUCGGACAACAGACCUGCCUUCGUCUCUCAGGUGGUUCAGCAGGUAUCCGAGGCUCUUCAGAUCACCUGGAGACUCCAUAUCCCUUACCACCCCCAGUCAUCUGGUAAGGUUGAACGUGCCAACGGGAUCUUGAAGGACCACCUCACCAAGCUGUCCCUUGAGGUCCAUAUCUCAUGGCCCGAUUUGCUCCCUCUUGCCCUUACCCGAAUCUGAGCCUCACCUCGGACCCCUACUGGUCUCAGUCCAUUCGAACUGCUCUAUGGCCGCCCUUUUCUCCUCCAUAACCUACCAACCCAAAACCCACCCCAAGCUUCCUACUUCCCCUACCUGUCUCUGCUCCGCCACCUUCUCCGUGAACACAUUGACCGCAACCUGCCGACGGUCACUGCCUCUGAAACUUCCCCUCUCCCUCUACAACCUGGCGAUAGCAUCCUCCUCAAAGAAUUACACCCCCAAUCUCUCAAGCCACGGUGGACAGGCCCCCAUGUGGUGAUCCUCACCACUCCUACGGCAGCCAAACUCUUGGGACACCUCUCCUGGUACCAUGUCUCCCGCCUUAAAAUGGCCCCAACUCCAGAGACUUGGACGGCCCAACCGCUGGGUCCCACAAGACUACGGCUUGUCUGUCACCCUGUCUCUCCUCCUGCUGCUCCUCCUGCCACCCAGGACUCACCAGAUGUCCCUAUGGCGCUUCCAUGUCCAUGGGACAUGGCAAGCUAAAGGUCGGACCCACACUCGAGUCUUGGGCACGGGGGACUGCCAACCAGAUGGGUGCCAGGCCCUGGUGACAGUCCAGAUCCCCAUCUCUAACAUAGAAGGUGUUCCCCUGGGUUGGUCCACCCCCGCUGUCUGCUUCACUUACGAUCAGACCAGAGACUACUGUCAAUGGUGGGAUGAGACCUAUGGGGGGUGCCCCUAUCACUCAUGUAACAUCCAUGUGGCAAAACUAGAUACCAGGAGCUCGCUCCAACAAUCCCACCUGCUCACCACAAAUGGCAAGGGUCAAUUAUUCAUUAACAUCAAAGAUCCCUGGGACACAAGAUGGGUAAAAGGGGUACAAGGAAAAAUCUACCGGUGGGCAACUGAUGCCUACCCUGUGGGCUCUAUCAGGGUCUUCCGCUCAUACGUCAGAGUGAUCCCUGAAAUUAUCCAGCACUUGAGCGAGCAGGCCACCAUGGUCCAGGAGACAGAACAGGCCCUAGAACGCCAAUUACCCCACCCUGACCAUAAGACGGACCCUUUUUCUUGGUUGGCCCUCAUCCGCCAAGGGGUGCAAAUGCUUAAUCACACCGGAAUAGGCAACAUCUCUGACUGCUUUCUAUGUGCCUCACUUGGCCGACCACCAUUAACUGCUGUCCCACUCGACCAGCCCUUCACCUCUACCCUCCUUAAUUCCUCCCAGAACUUACCUUUUCCCCCUUUAAGAGUCCCCAUAUUCCUUGAUUUAGAAAAAAAGAACCUCACAAUUUGCUAUGGCAGCCGACCAAACUUAACUAAUGAUGCACUCCCUUGCAACUCAUCCCUCCCUGUAACUACGCCAAUGGGGGCCCCACCAGGUCUGUUCUUUUGGUGUAAUGGCUCCCUUACAAAAGAGAUCAACUCUUCCUCCCCCUUUCCAUGUAUCCCCGUCACCCUUGUUCCACAGCUCACAUUAUAUGGCGAAGCCGAAUUUCUCUCACUUACCACACAACUCUUCGGCCGACAGAAAAGGGCCAUCUUUCUCCCUAUGGUAGCAGGCAUUUCCCUCGCCUCCUCCCUCGUUGCUGCAGGCAUCGGGGGAGGAGCCCUGACACACAGUGUCUCAACAUCCCGCAACCUAGAAGAGAAACUCCAGCUAGCCAUUGAGGCCUCUGCCGCCUCCAUCACCUCCCUCCAGCGCCAGAUCACCUCAGUAGCCCGAGUUGCCUUCCAAAACCGACGCGCCCUGGACCUUCUGACAGCCGACAAAGGAGGUACCUGCCUCUUCCUACAAGAAGAAUGCUGCUACUAUAUCAACGAGAUAGGGGUCGUUGAGGACAAUGUGGAUGCUCUCCGACGCUUAAAAGAAGAACUCCAACGCAGGCAGCGACAAUCCACCUCCCCCAUCCCCGACUGGUGGCGGUCCUGGCUGACACCAAUCCUAGGCCCCUUAAUCCUUAUCUGCAUCCUAUUCAUGCUUGUCCCCUGUUUCCUCAGGUUUCUCCGCAAUCACAUACAAGAAGUAUCUCGGGUGGCGGUGAAUCAGAUGCUACUCCACCCAUAUACCUUACUACCCACAGAACCCCCCGCUGCCGCCCUCCCCUAAUCUCCGGACUGUUGGCCACCCGACUCCCCUCCAGCGCCCCCAUACAGCAGGAAGCAGCCAGAGAACAAACGUCGCCCCAUUACACCAAAGAAGUCAGGAUGUAAGGCCAGCAGGUCCGGGGAAGGGCCCAGGGAGCCAGACGGAACCCCCACCAAGGUGGUUGAUGCAGCCGACCCACAAGUGGCAUCAGCCCGGGACUUUCCACUUGCCCAGGAAACAGACCCGGGACUUUCCACUUGGCCCCGGCUUUCGCACUCCCCGAGGGGCGAAACC